AUUACGACCUUUUCCCUUCAACGGUAAUCUGAUUGAUAACUGAAAACUGUACUUGUUCACUUUGCGUUCAUAGUAACAUCUUCAAUCGGUUACUCUCAUGAGAUCCUUCGACGUAGAGCCAUACACUACUUGCAUGAAAUGAAAUACACCUCAGUCGGACUGCACAAGAUCGCUCAAAGUCUCGAAGAAUUCAGUAAUCUGCAUGAAAGUAAUACAAGUGUGUCGUCAAUCAGAAUAUCACUGGAAAGAUAUGAAAUUCAACUACACGAAAUCAUUGAAGACAUGGAAGCCCAUCUGAAAGAAUUGGGUGAAACAGAUGGCUUUUCAAGAUUUCGAAUAACCGGUUUGAACCAACUCGCUGAAACAGUACAGAGGCGGAUUCGACAACUGCAGAAUCCAACAAACUGCCAAACUGCCAAAUAUAUUACAUUCGACUUUACGAAUUUAUGUGGAUUCGGAUGCUCUGUUCAUCAACUAACUGCGUGCUUACAAAUGGCCUUUGAACAUAAACGAGUUCUGGUUUUGAAGAAGCACUCUCCUGGAGAUAUAUUUCGUGAAUGGCUUAAACAGAACACAAUACCACUCUCGGAGAAAUGUAGUUAUGAAGACUUGAAUGAUAAAACAGAUAUUAUCGAAUGUCCUCUGAAAGCAUAUAUUCCUUCAGACAACGACUGGGUUCCAAACGUGUUACCUAGAGAUUUAGCUGAAAAAUUAACUUAUUUGCAUGAAGCACCGUAUGCAUGGUUUGCUGGUCAGUUGACCGCAUACGUUUUGCGUCCGAACUUGCAUCUUUCUCAGCUAAUCAACCAAAGUUUGAGUGGAUUUAGGCGGAGUGAUCAUCCAGUGGUUGGUGUGCACAUAAGACGCACAGACAAGCUAAUUUGGGAAGCUCAAUCACAUGAUUUGGAAGAGUACAUGAAGCAUGUGGACGAUUAUUUCAAUUCAUUCGAGAAUACUACACCUCUUUUGAAGCCCGAAAUAUAUAAUUCGAAUGGCUACAAUUUGAAUAAUCACACAAAGGAUAUUGAACGUUUCACACACAGAAACAGAAGUGUUUAUUUGACGACAUAUGAACCUUCUCUCUUCGACCAGUUCACCACAAAUCAUCCAAAUUAA